UGCAUAUCACAAGUGUCAAACAGUCAACUUAGUGCACGAAAUUUAAAUUGUCUCUUUGGUUUGAAUAAUUUUUCUCAGUCUAAAAACUGUGUUAUGUGAAAUAUCUCGUAAAUUGCUCAUCAACGAUGAAUGAGUUGUAUGUCUUACUAAUAAUUUUUGGGUGUCUUACAAACAGUAACUCUCUUUCCGCUGCUGGAGAUCAACAUCGUUCUAACUGGCGAAUUUCAAAAGACGACACAAAACUAUUGUUUGGCUUGCCUGCAAAAAAAGUUAUGCCAACUGCGAUGGCCAAGACAGUUUGCAAUUUUAACUUAUCGGUCAGGGAGACUAGUAAUGAUUUUAACCUACACGAGAUUGCUGUGUUGUUCACAGUGACUGUAAACGACUGCAAUGAAACCGCACAUACUAGUCACUCAUACUUGAUUCGUAAUGAACGAGCAAAGUUUUUACUAGCAUUACCAGAUGACAGCAUAAUCUUAUCAAUAAAAAUUCUGAAUCAUGGAGUGAAAACGUCAAAUAUCAAGAUGUAUCCCCAAAACAACAAGAAGUGCUUUCAACGUCUCACAUCUUUGUGCCAAGACAUGGUAAUUACUGCUACACUUUACAACACACCAGAGAUUCAUGUAAAGCAAGGUCAGUCUGUAUGCUUUGUGCCAGGGAAGAAUGAGAAAAAAUCUAUGGUUGAAAACAUUGAAUUUCGAUGUUGCUCAUGGCGAGAAAAUUUGAAUGAUGGAAUGGUGAAUUGCACUGAUAUGAUUUACCCCAUUGAGUGGGUAAGAUUUGGCAUCAUUGCCAUACUAGCCAUGAGUAUUAUCAACGUCAUUUUAUACCCACUUUUGCUAAAGUAUUUACCAACAAGAGACACACGAAUUGUUCGCCGUUCAAGGGUAAACAGACCUAAACAACUUGGCUACUCCAACUACUUGACCACUCCUGUAAAUUUAUCUUCAUCCACCCAAGUCCUUUUAACACUAACUGAACCUUUAUCCUUUGCAACCUGUGGAGGUGAUGAGGCACAACCUUGUUUCUCUAGGAUUGGACGAGGUGUUAUUCUUUUAGUAUUUCCACUGAUAUUUUGUGUAGUUGUUGUAACUUUUUUCAUAACAAAUAAUAAGGCACAAGUAAGGACUAACGUGAGUUAUUAUACUGGCUUUGUUACUGAGCUUAAUCCACCAACAGCGUAUUAUGCCUUUGCCAUUGCAUUGUUUUGCCUUCUUUUGCUUGGUAUGUUGGUGGUGAUUCCAGGUCGCUUGUCAGCAUUAGGAAGGUAUUUGUCUGGGCGUAAGGACGAGAAAACAUUUCUUGGUUUUCCAAAGCCAGAUGCCUUGAUUAAUAACUACUCCGGAAAAAGUGGUUUUCAGUUUAUGCAUUCAAAUAUGGUGUUUCAUUUGAAAUGUUGCUUUGAUCUUAGCUUCUGGUUAUUCAUUCUCAAAAUAAUUGUUUCUCCAUGUGCUUGGUUGCUAAUGUGGUGUUGUUGUUCAACCAAAGAAAAUGCAACCAGUCAAUCUUCAGAGGAUCAUGACGAUGUUGAACCCCAUAAGACUUUUCUUGUUCUUGGUUUUUUCUUCCUUCCAAUCAUUUUGGUUUUGUGGAUACCUUUUGUUCUUUUUUGUCUCGUCGUCUACAUAACACCCGUUGGAUAUGUAGCUUUCAGAAUUUUCAGGUUUCUCUACAAACAAGAUCUACCAAUGGGAUGCAACUGUUGUGAAAGGCUUCCGUAUUGUGUUCGUUAUACGUUGAUUACGUUUUUGUCUUUUCUAUUUUUCUUGUUCUGCACCUCAGUUUUGGCGUCGUACGUGUUUUUGUCCGUCAUGUUCGGAAUAUCCUUUUACAUUUGUGGCAAAAUAUUUCUAUUCACGUCAAUUGGUCUUGCUUUCAAUGUGGAAUAUUACAUACCGUACGUUGUUUUAGCCCUCUUUGUCAUAUUCUACUUUUGGAGAGCGCUCUCUCACUACUUUUUUGUCUAUGAGAAUUUGCGUAUCGUUGUUUUCGAAGAAUGCGAAAAGUACGAGCAACUGGAACUUAUGAAUCUUCAUCAGCAGAAGCCAAAUAACUCGACUGACAGUGUUGAUAGCACGACGCCUCCUAAAUGUUAUGGAUUGCUGCUUUUGGAUGAUAACAAUACACCAUCGAUUCCACUGGCCUUGUAUGUUGGUGUUUAUCGUCGUCUCAGACCCCGAGCAAAAACAUUUUUGACCAUUAUGAUAAACUUUAUGAUAAUGUUAGUUUAUAUUUCUAUAGCCUUUGUGGGAAUCAUGUCUCUAAAUGAAGCAAAUGAUACAUCGCCUUAUGUCCAAGCUGCUUUUUUGUGUGCGUUGUUUGCACUUCCGUUGGUUUUGUUCCAAGGAUGUCUCUCUCCACAAUCGCGUCAACGAAGGAAGAAUUUGGAGUAUCAAGUUAGAUUAAUCAUACAUCGAUAUGUUUCCAAGAUAGAGAAGGAAAAAGAAAAUGUUGAUGCCCCUGUUGAUGCAUCGCCUGAAUUUGAUGGGGAAGAUAAUGAAUUUGAUGUUUGAUGUAAAUUUUUGUUGCAUGCAUAUGCGCAAUCAUUUUCUCCUGUUUAUUGUGGUUUUUGCUUCUGUAAAUAUAGUCCAAAAAGUAGCUGAAAUUGAAAUUUACAUUUAUAUAUAAAAGCUAUAUGCUAUCAAAAAGACUGCGAUAAAUGUGAUGACUUAUAUAAACUAGUAGAAAAAUACAUAAUUUAUGAAAUCUCAA